AUGUCUAAUAACUCGGAUGAGAGACGUCUUUUGAGGCCAGAAGGAAGUGGUCUGUCGGAAACCUCUACCGCGGUGUCUUCCCCAAGCCCAUCCUCGCCAACUUUCCACCGGCACGCCUAUCAUCGAAUGGCUUCUGACGACCGAACGGACACCUACGACUUGUCGACCUUCUCUAUCCACGGAUUCGACUCUGAACCAGAAAUCCAUGGGCUGGGAAUUACUCAAAGGCCACGGCCAACAUCAAUUGCGCGCGUACCCGUUGGUAGUCGAUCGUCACUCUCCCCACAAGCAUCCUCAAACCCUUUCGUGGGAGCGUCGCAUGCCAGAAACCUAUCAGCCGCGGAAUCUUCAAAUCCACCAUCACCCUGGCAGCGAUCCGAUGCAUAUAAUGAACAAAGCCCAGAGGAGGUGGGCGGACAAAAUGGACAAGGCGGAAGGGGAAAACAUUCAUCUUUUACGGAAGACCUAGCUGAUAUUCGGGAGGAAGUGGCAGCCCAGACUUUUCCGCCAACGCCAACCGAUAAUGAUAAUGAUGAUGAUAAUUAUAAUGAAAAUAAUAUACCAGGAGGAUGUCCUCCAAAACGCGAUAUACAUUCUCGCCGUACCAGUUGGCUGUCGAUUUCAAUAUUUAGUCUAUCCAUAUACUCGACUAUAUUCUCUGGCAUCUGGUUAAUUUUGGCAAUCGUCCAGCCACGAUAUGGCCGAAGAAUCCGCUCAGGCGGUUCUCUUACGCCUACCACAGCCUCAACCGUCUUUGCGCUUUUUGCAAAGACUAUUGAAUUAUCCUUCGUCACCGUUUUUGUGACGUUUCUCGGACAAGUAUUAAGUCGCCGGUCAUUGAUUAGAGGUGCCCGUGGAGUAACAAUCGCAGAGAUGACCAUGCGAACCUGGGUCAUACAACCAGGGUUCAUGAUCACGCAUUGGAGAAACCUGCAGCAUGCUGGCCUUUCGAUACUCGGUGGUAUUACGCUCACAGCCGCCGUUGCUGCAAUGUUCUAUACGACAGCAUCGGAUUCGAUUGUCUCACCCCAUUUGAAAUAUGGAAAGUAUACAAAGAUGACCAUGCACGGGUUAGUAAGGAUGAAUUAUGCCAAUCCUUUCUACAUAUCAGAUAGUUGUCAGACUCCGAUUACCCCGCAAAUCGAUCCUGACUAUUCUGGCUCCACCUGUCUCUCGAUUGAACACGCUGGAGAAGCGUAUCACAAUGCUAUUGUCUUUCUCAACACCUGGGCGGAUCUUAGCAAUAGUAGCAAUGGGCCCACUGAUCUGUCUGGACGACCCCGCCCUCCAGCCAUGCUAUUUGACAAUACCACAGUCCUAGGAAGUUGGGUCUCCUUGGGCACAAGCAAUAUGGCCGACGCCUAUAAAAAGCAUGGCCGGUUACUAAACAACGUCACUCUGUCAAUGCCGCACGCUGGGGUGUUUGCCGCCGCAAGAGAUGCUCGAAACAACAUCCUACAACCGGAAGAUCUCGAUGGGGUAGGGGAAUAUUACGUGAGAGCGUCCGUGGUCAGCCCUUCUGUUAAUGUCAUGUGUGUCAAUAUGGAUGCCAAAGAGGUUGCACCGUUGAUCUAUGUCACCUGGCCACAUGCAAGAACAAAUAUCAGCACGAUUCCCGGGCAAAAGAUUGCUCAGCCAGACUAUGACAAAGAUGUUCAUCCCGCGCCAGGCCGGGAAUAUUUGAAUAGCACGGCGGUAGACGAUAUCUUUGAAUGGGGUCCUAAAUAUGGUCGUCAACCGCCUGUUUUUCCAAUGUACCCAAUCGAUUACAACUCAAUUACCAACAUUUCUGCCCCCCUCCCCAGCGAUUCACUCUAUCUACUCAUCAAAGCCCCAAGUGCUACUACUACCGAUUACACCAUCUGCCAACUGCGGUCCUUUCUCUCGCCCGCCUGCAGCACCCAAUAUAAUGUUACUGGAGCGAGUGGAGGCCACCUCGAGGCUCAUUGUGAAGAUGAUGACGAUGACAUGGCAUAUGGGAAAUCAGUUCCUGAUGCUCCUACGACCCGCUCAUCAGACUGGAGGAAUGUUGCUCAGAACUGGAUGCUGUCAUUGUCAUUGAACACGGGGAUUUCAAAUGCGAAUGCGUCAAAUUCAAGGCUUCUUGCCCAAAUGAUCCCAACGGUGUCAAAUAACGCCAAACCAGAACUAAACCCUGCCAUGCCAAGUAUCGCUGAGACGCUCGCAGUCAUGGUUGGUAAUACGUUAUUAUUAAGCUCCACUGAUGCGACAUUUUAUCACUAUUGGGACGAGACAUCUGCACGACUUGAUACUGGCAAAUAUCAACCAUUCAACUCUACUUUAUCAUCACAGCAAUACACGUCGGGAUACACGCAGCAGUGGCAAGCUAUUUUCUACCUGGUUUUAAUACUCGUGUUUGUCACGAACAUUUUCUGCCUGAUUUAUUUCAUCCUCCGCGCAGGGCUUGUUACGGAUUACACCGAACCACAGAAUAUGUUCACUCUUGCUGUCAACAGCCCUGCUUCGCGCCGGCUGAGCGGGAGUUGUGCUGCUGGGCCAGAGCCGGAUCAGCUGAACAUAGGCUGGCAGGUGAUUCAGGAAACUGGCUCUGGACAUAUUUACAUCAAGGAUGCCGGAGGUGGUGUUAUAGAGGAAUAUGAACUGAGAAGGAGAAAUCCUCAUACGAAGUCUAUAUCUAGUUACAGUAAGCUGAGUAGCCCGAGAGAUAGUCGGCUGUAA